GUACGUUUCAAGAUCUAGAGAGGGCGGUGUUUUACUUCCUGUGGGGGUCCAAAUGGGAGCGUCUGCGACGGGAGGUGGUAAAGAAGAGGCCAGAAAAUGGAGGGAAGGGGCUCCCAGACCCCCACCUGUUUUUAGGAAGCAAGUUCAUCGCCCUGCACGUGCAGUAUGCAAUGACCCCAUCCAGAGACAACAAGACGGCAGCCAUGGCGAGGACCGGGAAGAAGUGAGCCCCGUUCCCGGCCUCACACUAAGUGAGGCCAAACAAGUUUGGAAGAACGCAGCCCACCCUGCUCUCCAGAACAAGCACAAAGACCUGUGCUGGUUGGCUGCCCAUGAGAUCCUCCCGGUCAGGGCCGUGAUGCACUCCCGGGGCAUGGGGACAAACCCGAUCUGCCCGCGGCCCGGGUGUGGCGAACCCGAGACCGUGCGGCAUGCGCUCUGGGAGUGCAGCGUGGCGAGGGACCUGUGGGGCAUGAUCGGCCCCCUGCAAUGCCCGAGCCUGCCGGCAGGGGCGGUCCACCCGCUGGUUUACCGGCUAGCGGUGAACGGGGUGGGCCAGGGCACCGAAAAGUUACCAGCAGAAGAAUUCACUGCGCUCUGGCUCACCCUAAACAGCGUGAAGGCCGCCUUGUGGACCGCCCGCAACCUGCUGGUGGGAAAGCGCGUGACGGUGCCACUGCAUGCUAUUUAUGAGCUGGUAACAUCCUCGCUGCAGGGGGCACCGAGCGCCGCCAUUCGGAGGAGGGGGCCGGGGCCGCACGCAGGGGGGUCCAGACCACCACGGUCCCUGGCUCCCGUAGAUGCCCCCCCAAAGAGAAUGUGACACCACAAAGGGUGGAGCAGCGGGCAUGGAGAGAGGAUCUCCGCUGGAACAGAUAAUCAGCAGCCUGGCGACUUCUGGGGAUCAGGGUGGUGCCAGCUUGAUAGAGGCUCACCCCGGUCCUGGACAACGGAGACCCUUUUAAUUGCAUUUUAUACGCCUUUUAAUGUAUUUAUUGGCUUUUAAUAAGUAUGGUGUUUUAUAUGUUGCAUGUUUUUUAAACCUACACAGUGUUUUUUACAUGAACUUUUAAACACACACUUCUUGAGAAAAAUCUUUUAGAAAAUCAUUGAGAAAACCUUUUAAACAAAGCUUAUUUAUUUAUUGUUUUUUUUCUUUUAUGCGUGAGUGUUUUUAAAAGGUGUUUUAUCAAUGAAAUGGUCAACAUGUAAACUGUGUGUUUUAUGCGAGAUUUUUAUGUUCAUGUGAAGAAUGCAAUUGUAUGUGUAUGAAUUAUAAGAAUGGUGACAAUAAAAUACUUUCAAAAGAAAAAAUCUGUUCUUAUCAGUUUAAUAUCUGAUACGUCCCCUACCCGGGGACCAUAUAUUAAAUUGAUUUUUGGAGCAGGGAGAUGGAAUAGGGGCUUGCUCCGUCCACUCCACGCAUCGACCCGGUAUUGCAGUACUUCCGGGAACG